UCUGACAGCGAGAAAACACAGGAAGUGCUGAGACUUUACCACACACCACUGCUCUGUCAGUCAGUCAGUCGUUAGAGAGACAGGAUGGAGUUCAGUCCACUCGCUGUGAUGCUCUUGCUGAUUUCACUUACACCAGUGCCACAUGCUCAAGAGAGAUCACAGCCAGUACUGAGUGUAUCUCCACAGAGCUGGCUGACUGAAGGAGACUCAGUGACUCUAAGCUGUGAGAUUACAGACUCCUCUACAGGCUGGAAAUUCAGCUGGUACAGAGAUGUUCCAUACAGAGACAAUGAUGGCCGUAUCAGGUAUAGAGUGGUGCCCCUCUCAGACAGCAGCAGAGGAUCUGGAGGCUCCUACACUCUCAGUCCUGCUGUUCUUAAUCACACAGGAGUGUAUAUGUGCAGAGGAGAGAGGGAAGAACGACACUUUUCCACAGAGUACAGCCUUCGACAGCCACUAUGGAUCACUGGUGAAUCUCCUCCAGUCUCUCUGAUCAUCAAUCCCAGCAGAGCUCAACACUUUAUUAUAGACUCUCUCUCACUGAGCUGUGAGGACCAGAGUAACUCCACUGGAUGGAGAGUGAUUCGAUACACACACAGUGAGAGAGGGUCAGAUUGUUCAUGGCGGGGAUCAGUUACAGGAUCUACAUGUAAUAUCAGCUUCCUCUACACAUCCUACACUGGAGUUCACUGGUGUGAGUCUGAAUCUGGAGAAAACAGUAAUCCUGUCAACAUCACAGUGCAUGAUGUUGGUGUGAUCCUGGAGAGUCCUGUCCAUCCUGUGACUGAGGGACAUCCUCUGACUCUACGCUGUUUAUAUCGCUACACAAAGUCCUCAAACCUCCGAGCUGAUUUCUAUAAAGAUGGAUCAGUUCUCCAGACACAGACUACAGGAGAAAUGAUCAUCUAUAACGUCUCAAAGUCAGAUGAAGGUUUCUACCACUGUAAACACCCAGAGAGAGGAGUGUCACCGAAAAGCUGGGUCUCAGCUCAGGUUCUAGAUCCAGCACUGGAACAGUAG